GUGGCUUACAUGUGACAACGACAGACAACGGCAUCGGCUCCUCGAUCCGAGAAGGCAAGAGCAACCAAUCACAUAAUGGUACAAGCGAAGACUCUAAAUAAUGCCACUUGUGUCAAAAUUCCAAGAUCCGUAAAUCCUUUAUUCUUUUUCCUUGCCAGAAUUAUUUAAGCAUCUUACCAUAAUUUAUACCCUCUAGUACGUUUGUCAAUAUUAUUAGUCUCAAGUCUUAAUACGAAUCGAUUGAUAAGAUGCCUUUGCCGUCUUCAAAGCGGCGGCAAAGACCUAUUUCUGGUCCUAAAUCUCAAGUCCAGGGCUCUGCUCGCACACGUGUCCUCCGAAGGCGACAGCCACUGCCCCAUUCCCCGCACAUUCCUGCUCCCUCGAGCCUUGUGUCAAUUCCACCUCAAGGCUCACAUGAUGGAGCUCUUUCGCAGAUCGAGUCCUUGCUGGAAUCAAUUCUCGAUGCCGUCAUUAACGGAGCCGAUCUUGUCAUUCCUUACCAAACCGCCCGGUCUAGCCCUGGAGUGUCGCCAGCAGCUUCCGGUGCAGGGGGAGCUCGGCAAAUGACAACUGAAGUAGUCAAAUUUCCUGGGCGGAACAUUCAAGAGGUCAAAAGAUUCGAUGCUCUUCUCCGCAUCCUUGAACUGUCACACGAGGCCCUCCUCACAGGAAACCUCAUUACAAAGAGAAACAUAUACUACCAGAAUACAGAGUUAUUCAGGUCCCAGAGCGCUGUUAAUGACAUGGUGGACAACCUUGCUUUCACGCUUGGGGUCGGACGUGGAGAUCUGAACAUUGUCGCUGCGGCUAGGGGGCUAAUUGCUGGUCCAAUCGAUGUGAUGAUGCGCAACGGUGCUACCGUUCAUUACGGCCAUGGUCUCUCAGGUGGCAAUGGAAACUUGAUUCCGCCAAUCAACUCUGUCGAUAAGGUUGAUUUCCACAACACGCGGUGGCUGUUGGUUAUCGAGAAGGAGGCUACUUUCCGGACUCUCGCCAAUUCUGGAUAUUCUUCUACUUCAAGGGCAGGCCAUGGGAUUCUUGUCACUGCGAAGGGGUUCCCUGAUCUAGUUACUCGCCGCUUUCUUAGCACCCUACACUCGGUUCGGCCCCAACUAAACGUCUUCGCACUUGUUGACUUUGACCCUCAUGGUGUCUCCAUUUUGCGAACAUUCCAAUACGGGAGCCAGCGCCUGGAUCACGAAGAAAAUGUCACUCUUCCGCACCUGAAAUGGCUUGGAAUCCGGAGUCUAGACAUAAUGUCGCGAAGUUCGAUCAUCAUGUCACACAGUCUUCAAGAUCCGCAGAGCGGUGACAGUCAGACAAGCCAAGAAUUUUCGAGCCAGGGCUCUCUCGCUUACCCAUUGGGUAGUUCCGACGAUGAACGGCCUGCUAAGAGACCAAAGUAUAACUAUCCGAGAGACUCCAACGAGUCAGUUGCACCACUCACACGGGACGACCGAAAGAAGGCUGUCAGCGUAAUGAAGCAAAUAUGUGGUGAGAGAGGCUUUGACUCUGCCGGCUUAGAACAGAUGCAGGAGCUUCAGAGAAUGUUGAUGCUCAAUGUCAAGGCCGAGAUACAAACGGUGGACAACUUUGGCGACAUCGCUGAUUGGCUUGAUGAGAGACUAUCUGUUUAAUUUCUUCACGGCUAGCAAAUGUAUCAUAUCUAGUUACUAUUGUGGGUUGCAAAGGUGGUGAAUUCAUGGUGUUCAGUACAA